GUUUUAGCAAAUAGAUUUGAGGAAAACUGAUAAAUUUAGAAUUAUUUUAAAUUAAAAUUUUAAUAAUUCAUUGCCAUACAUACAGAUAGAUAGUAUAAUUUUUUAUGGUUCAUGUAAAAUGGCUAAUUUACCAGAACAAUUGGAGAAUUUAAAAGAACUGAAAAUUCAGGAAAAUAUUGUCAAAUGGCAAGCUGCUGAUGAUCCUUUAGCCCCCUUAUCCAGUGAACAAUUGGAAGUGAUUUAUGAAUUGGGAGAUCUUAUAUCAAAUAAAUCCAAGAAAGUUCCAGAAGUAAUAAAACAGGAUAAAAAUCAACCUGAAACUAUACAUACCAUUAAGGAUUUUGUAAAGUGGUCAACAUCAGUUGAAAACAAUAUUAAACAUGAAAACUUAAAGAAGUAUCAAGAUUAUUAUGAACAGUUGUCUGCCUAUAAAUCUAAUGCUGAAGAUCUUCUUAAUCUGUCUAAUAAUGUACUAGAUUAUCUUAAUGACUUAAAGUCAAAUUAUGUUAGUGUUACAGAAAGGACGAACUAUUUGCAUGACCUUAGUGAACAAUUAAUGGCAAACCAAAGAAUUUUAAAAGAAAAGAAGCAAGAUUUAAGCAACAAAUUAAAAUAUUUUGUUAAUUUCACCAAGUGUCAGGAUGAAGUUGAGAGAAUGAGAAAUAAAAUGAAUAGUGAGGAAUGUGUUAAAAUUUUAGAUGAAAUUGAUGAGAGUAUAACUUGCUUGAAUAAUCAUUUACAUUAUAAGGAAUCUAGAAUAUAUAAAAUGAAAUAUGAAAGUUUAUUGAAUAAUCUUCUUAAUAAAAUAUAUGACUAUGUUAAUACUGUACUUGUGGAAACAACAAAGCAAGUGGUAGAUCCAGAUUUCAGCUUUCAAUCAUCUCAAAAUCCUUCUAUAAAUAACUUAGUAGACUCUGCAUUUUCUUUGUACUAUGGUAAAUUUCAAAGUGUUUCAGUGAAAGUGAAAUUUAUUUUGAAUAACUUAGAAGAUAGAGAAGAUCAGAAUGAACAGUAUAAAAAUGUCUUGGUGGAUUGUAAGAAAUCAUAUUUUACACAAAGAUUGCCUAUUCUUACUGUAGCUGUAUCUAAAGCUUUAAAUGAGUUAAAAGAGAAAUAUCAGAAAGAUCAUAGUACUUUAUUUAGAUCAUGUAGUCUAUUUACCUUUAAGGUCUGCCAAGAUGAAGUAAUGUGUUAUGGUUAUUUCUUUUCUAAACCUUCUGAGAAUUUGAAUGAAUAUUUGGGAACAUUGUGCCAAUAUCUUUAUGACACUCUGAGACCAAAUCUUAUCACAAUCAAUCACAUAGAAAUUUUAUGUGAACUAUGUAGUAUUCUAAAUAACGAAUUAUUAAACGAAAAGGUAGUAGAUACUGUAGAACUUACCAAAUUUGUUGAAGUGAUCAAGCAGCUAUGGCAAGAUGUGGAAGAAAGGCUUGUAUUUAGGACAAAUGUAUUUUUCCAAUAUGACCUCCUGAAUUAUAAGCCUUCACCAGGAGAUUUAGCUUAUCCAGAAAAAUUAGAGCAGAUUGAAAAUAUUGCUCUAGAAUUAAAAGAGAGAUCAGACUCUAGAGCUUCCAUUGGAUCACUUGAAUCCCAAGAAGUUGCUAAUAUCAACAAUCAAAUGACACCAUUUAGAUCAUAUACAGGUAAUUCAUCAGCAGACUUACAUGGUAUGUGGUAUCCUACUGUAAAGCGUACACUAGUUUGUCUAUCGAGAUUAUACUUCUGUCUUGAUCGAACUACAUUCCAAGGAUUAGCACAAGAAGCCAUAGUAAUAUGUAUCCAAACUGUCCAAACGGCUGCCGAUUUAAUAUCAGCUCGAAAAACCAAAAUAGAUGGAGGAUUAUUUCAGAUAAAACAUUUAUUGAUAAUUCGAGAACAGAUAGCUCCUUUUCAGGUCGAUUUUACUGUCAAGGAGACAGCGUUAGAUUUUACUACAGUGCAAAAGGCUGCAGUCGAUCUCAUCAAUCACCGAAACAAGAUAUUUACUUUCGGAUCUAGUAAUGCUCUGUUAGAGUUUCUUUUGGAGGGUGCCCCCAGAGUUAAAGAAUAUUUGGUGGAUUCCAGAAAAGAAAUUGAUAAACAGUUAAAGCACUCUUGUGAAGUUUUUAUUUUACUGGCGACACAACUUCUUGUAGGUAGCCUUCUGGAUUGGAUUACCAAAUAUGAAAAAAGUGUACCACAAAACCAAACCAAUGUACAAGAUCAAACAAUAGUCCAAAAGUCACCUGUGCCCCAAAAGGAAUAUACGAAGGCCUCACAUAUCGCAUCUAUCGUCAAAGAAAUUCAAAAGAACAUGAAAACAAAAAUCCCACAAAUACAAAGGUCUAUGCAGCUCUAUCUCGCAAAUAGAGAAACGGAGUUUAUUUUGUUUCGUCCUGUGAAAAAUAACGUCAUUAACGCUUUCAUGCAACUCGACCAGAUUCUAUUAAAAUCCGGCUAUAGCAGUGAGGAUCAGUUGUUAAUUGGAUGUCCAUCUCCCGAACAGAUAAACGUUAUUAUUUGUUCGGUAUCCCUAACCGGUGUUCAAGAUACCAAGACCACAAAUGUCUAGUCAUUAAAUGCAUGAAAUAUGUGAAUGUUAUAUUUUUUAUUACAUUGGUAAGUUUUUUAUAAUUAUAUACAGAUUAUAUAUUGUUGAAGACUGAAUCGAUGCUUUGUUCUUUGAUUCAAUGAAUUGUAUUGAUUUAUUUUUAGUUAUUUAUACAAUAAAGUCCUUGAUUUGAC